UCCUCUUCGGGCCUGGUGCAGGUGUAUGUUGGGUACCUAGAGGGUAGAAGUUUCCCACACCUCCCCAGAGAAGGUCUGGGUGCCCUGCCCCAAGCUUCCUAACACAGGACUUCAGUUUCUUGCAGAGGAGAAUUAGGACAGGGAGCAGGCCUGGUGCUGGCUCUGGCUCUCUGCCUCUCCACGUGCUCGUGGCCUCUCCCAGCCUGGUGCUAAGCGGUGUCAUGAGUCUGGACCAGGUUGGAGAUUAAUUCUUGGUCAUGGGGGCACUUCAGGGCUUGGAAGAAGGAGGAGUGUCAGGUCCAAGGUCACCAACAGAGGGGUAGGUGCCAUCCUUGACAUAGCCCUCUUCCUGGGAGCCCAUGACACAGGUGGUCAGGUACCCCCAGCUGGUAAAGCCAGCCAAGAAGGGGGCUGGGACACACCUGGCCUGUGCCAAGCCUUGGCUUCAGUUGCCAGGCUCCAGCUUCCCUGGCUCCUCCUCCCAGCCCCUCCCCUCACCCACAUCCACUUAAUACCCUGACACCCAGUCCGCCCACUGCAGACAUUGGCAUUAGCUGUAGCUAGUGUGGAAACCUGGGAAGACUGGGAGCAAAGCCUCUCGAACAAAGGAAAAGAAGGAUUUGGGGGACCUACCUGCUAGCUUUCCCCAGAGGAGUCUCGGCUGCCACCUGCAGGUCACUUGGGCUCUGGCCAUGUGGCUGCCUCUGCUGCUGGGAGUCUUGAUCUGGGCAGCGCUGUGGUUGUUCAGGGACCGACAGAGCCUGCCCGCCAGCGAUGCUUUCAUCUUCAUCACCGGCUGUGACUCAGGCUUCGGGCGGCUUCUGGCACUGAGACUGGACCAGAGAGGCUUCCGAGUCCUGGCCAGCUGCCUGACCCCCUCAGGGGCAGAGGACCUACAGCGCGUGGCCUCCUCUCGCCUCCACACCACCCUGCUUGAUGUCACUGAGCCCCAGAGUGUCCAGCGGGCGGCCAAGUGGGUGGAAACACAUGUUGGUGAAGCAGGGCUUUUUGGUCUGGUGAAUAAUGCUGGUGUGGCUGGUAUCAUUGGGCCCACGCCGUGGCUCACACGAGAUGAUUUCCAUCGGGUGCUGAGUGUGAAUACGCUGGGUCCCAUCGGGGUCACCCUUGCCCUGCUCCCCCUGCUCCAGCAGGCCAGGGGCCGGGUGGUCAACAUCACCAGUGUUCUGGGUCGCCUGGCAGCCAAUGGUGGGGGCUACUGUGUCUCCAAGUUUGGCCUGGAGGCCUUCUCUGACAGCCUGAGGCGGGAUGUGGCUCCUUUUGGUGUCCGAGUCUCCAUUGUGGAGCCUGGCUUCUUCCAAACCCCUGUGACAAACCUGGAGAGUUUGGAGAACACGCUGCAGGAGUGCUGGGCACGGCUAUCUCCUGACACACAGGCCCACUACGGGGAGGCCUUCCUCACCAAGUACUUUAAAAUGCAGCGGCGCAUCAUGAGCCUGAUCUGUGACCCAGACCUGACCAAGGUGAGCAGGUGCCUGGAGCAUGCCCUGACUGCUCGUCACCCCAGAAUCCGCUACAGCCCAGGCUGGGAUGCCAAGCUGCUCUGGCUGCCGGCCUCCUACUUGCCAGCCAGCCUGGUGGAUGCUGUGCUCACCUGGGUCUUUCCCAAGCCUGCCCAGGCAGUCUGCUGAAUCCAGCCUUCCAGCAAAAGACUGUUUCAGUCCCCACCCGGGUACUGCCUGGUACUGGUACAAAAUAAGUACUGAAUAAAUGUGUAUUGUUAAAAAAAAA